AUAAAGUGGUGGUGAAGGAAACUGGUCAAGCGCAAAAGGCCUUGAUACAACCUGUAUUAACAACGAAAGCAGUACAUUGUCUUAAUAGCGAGAUAUGCUGUAUCUGCGUUGUAGAUGUGGAUCAUUGAAGAUUCGGACGCUUUUUCAGCUGCACAAGCCGAAGUUGUAUAAUCAUGAAUCGUUGCAUUUCCCGAGCAAAUUAUGUCCAUCGUUAUCCAAAGCGCAAACUCAAAGCGUAUGCAGUACCAAAAUAAUAUCAGCACGAAGUAUGCUAUUGUUUAUUAUAGUUAUACUGCUGUCGGUACCAGCAACAUUGACACAAAAAGCUGCAAUAGACUUGACGGCAGUUGUGCUAGUUAAUAGCGCGAAUAACGGGCGCAGUGACUAUGUAGGGUACCAUCACAAUGUUCGUCCUGAAGUUGGUUUAUUAACAUCCACUGCACGCACAUUCAUACAAGAAGGUGUAACAACGGAAUACGCCACACAAGUAGUCGGGACAACGCUCGAUAGUGGACGGUUAUAUGCACAAUUCUUGAAAAGAAGUUCUCGAGUAUUAUAUAACAAUGGCCACAAACAACAAGAGUCACAGCAAGCAGUUGUAUCACCAACAGUUGUCACUAGUUGGGUAGGCGAUAAUUUGCAACUACAAUCCAAAUCCUUAUUAGAGAGUCAUAACGACCUUUUCAAUGCUGACUUACCCGAUUGGCAAGAUAUUGAUGAUCGUUUACUCCACGAUGAUGGUAAUAUUUUUGUUGGCAAUACUGAUUUUGCUCAUUUAAGUGAAGCAAGGAAUAAAAAACAACAAGAGCCUUUAAUUAACGAUGAGAAAAAAGUUAGCAAUUUGAUAAUCGCAACACUGUUAUCACAAAAUUUAACUGGUGUUGCUCGUAACAAUACGCCAAAACAUCUGUUUUCAUUGCAUACAGUUGGCAAUGCAGGAAAUCAAAAUCAAGAAUUUGCGCGAAUAUUAGACGUGAAUAAAGUGAUGCCCAUCGGCGACUUGGCCACAUACACUGUUCGUAAUCCCUUUUCACCAAGUGGAUUAACUGCAGAAACUAUUAUCGAACAUUCAGAACUCACACAAGACAACGCAGUGAAUAAUUAUAAAAACAAUGAUAACAAAUUAAGCCGUUCACCGAAACAGUACUAUCUAAAACAAAUGGAUCCUAAUGGUAGUGGCAGUUCCCUGAGAAAUGCUCCGAAGCCACUCUUUAAUAGCCAAUUGUCAACAAUAACGUAUUAUGGUUUUGCUGACUUUACAACUGUUGUUGGGGAGAGUGUGAUUGUUUUUUCUCCUAGCAGCGUUACACAAAAUACUAAUUUAGGCCGUGUGACGUCAAUUAAGGGUGAAGCAACGUUAGGUGGUGUUAGCGAUAAUGAACAAGAAACAACAAUUGGUGCUAUAAACGUCGCUAUGGAAUUUGAAGUUGAACCAACCCAACAAAUUAGCAGUUUGCCCAAUUUGCAAUUAAUGGAUUUAAAUUCAAACAUGAUACAAAGCGUAAACUUCGUUGAUAUUAGUAGCGAAAUUUCAAUAGAAGAGGCGGAGGGAAUAUUACAAACAUUAACAACUGAUGUUAAUGAUAAAGAACUAUCUUUAAAAAAAAUAAAAUUAGUGACCCCAUCUAUUGAAAAUAUCAAAAUCUCCUAUUUUACGGACAAGUUAUUAAGUGUAAGUGAUAACACUUUUAAAACUUAUGAAAAUAUGCUCGGUUCAACGACUGCAUAUUCGCGUCCUUCAGACGAUGAAGUUGCAGAAAUAUAUGCGUCACUUUCGCGUGUAGCGGCAUCACGUGAAAGUAUUUCAUCAACUAUGCAAACAAUCGCCCCAUUAUAUAUAAUAGAUAAUUCGUUAUUAUUGAAACUACCUGAAAAUACUAACGAACAAUCAAUCACUAGAACAGUUGAAUUAGUUUCAAAAAGUGUAGAAGCAUUGCAAAGCAGCGAAUCGCAUCACACAACUACAGCUAUUUUCGAAAUAACGCCUACUAAUACUAGCUCGGAAUUACAGACAUUAGGUGGUGCCACAACAAUAUUCUAUGAAGAUGAUCCUUUUGCUAAUUUUGUGGAGCCAGUAGUUAGCGCUACCAAGGCUACAGAUAUUUUAAAUUUGACAGAUAUAAAGAUAACAACACAACCAGAAUACGGAACUUCAACCUUAAGUAAUAUAAAAACAACCUCCGGGGAAUACGAAGAUAGUGUCGAAACAACUACAGUUGUUCCCAAAAUAUUAGCAAAUAUUACUUCGGAUGAAUAUGAAGUCGAAAAAAGUAGUAGUAGUAGUUCUAUUGAUGCAUCUCAAAGCGUUUUAAAUGUAUCAGAAGUUUCUCAAAAUGAUACUAAAAUAGAUGUGCAGGAAAUGAAUACCGACGAUGAUAUUGUCCAAUUGAGAGAUUGCAUUAGAACAUCACAAACUUUUCUCACACAAAUAGCAAAAACAAUCACCCAGCUAAACACUCUACGAGAGUCGGUUCUACCAGGCGAAGAUGAAGCCAUAAAAUAUUCGACAAUCGAAACUGUAUUUCUGCCUACCUUCGACAUUUUAGAAACUACUAAAUUUUAUUGUAUCAAACCACAGACAGCAGCUGUAGGCGCGACAAGCUUUGCCAUCGGCGAAAUAAACGAAAUAGCAAACGAUGGCGUAAGGUUAGAGAAACCAGGAUUAGAUAAUAUUGACACGGCAACACUGACCGAGAACAUGGAUGGUGUAAGUGAUGGUCUUGACGACGAUGACACUGAUUACAUUACCACAAUAUCAGCUAAUAUAAUUGAGAGAGACCUUAUAGAGUAUACAACACCUGAUCCUGUAGAUAGCGAUAAUAAUAAUGAAACUGAUGUCAAUAAUCAAAGUGAUAGCGAUAUAAAUUUCAAUCAGUCAAUUUAUGCGGUGGAAGAUGAUUCGGGUGAAGAGAUUGAACUGAUAUAUAAAACAUUAUAUACGACAUAUACGUAUUUGACAACAUUUUUUAAUGAUGACAGCAGUAAUAGUAUAUCGAGUCACACAGAAGUUUUUACGAAUAUUAUAACAUCAACUUUAGAGUCCGAUAUAGAUGAAAUCGAACCAAUUUCUACCACAAAAGAAAUAUUAAAUACAGAGAAUGCGUUUAAGCUUAGUACCCGUGAUUCAUCGAACAAUGGUAAUAAGGUUAGCAGCAGCAGUAAAUUUGUACUACCUACUGAAUUAGGGACUAUACUGCGUGUUGGAGAGCAUGAUAUUGAUAUUGAUAAAACCGGAGAUGCAUCAGAUGCACAUACCGCAACCAUGUUUUUGGAUGAUAGUAAAAUAAUGAAAACUUACUUUACAACUUAUACAUACUAUACGACUGUAUUUGUAGAAGGAGAAACGGAAAUCAUGUCUAGGACCGAGGUAUUUACAAAUUAUGUAACGGAUGCGGUAACAUCCACUACUGUAUUUGAGAUUGACAAACAAAGUCGUAUUAAUAGUGAUAACAUUGCAAGUAGUGCGGAGAAGUUGUCAAAAUUAAAUCAGGAUACUGGCGCUAAUAACAUUGAUACUGACACUAAACGACAAAGAAAUGAUACAAUAAGAGCACACGCUUCAAUACUUUUUCAUGACGACCAUCUUGGCUUCAGCAAUUAUACAUUGGUGACGGAUAUACGUUCAAGCAGUUCGAAUGGCAAAAAACAUAUUAUCAAUCAAAAUCAGGAAGCCUUCUUCGAUCAAAUCAGCUCCGAAAGCAAUACUGACGAAAUAAGACCUUCAGCCGUUCUAUUAUUGCAGACAAGCUUUACCACGUUUACGUACUAUACGACAAUGUAUAGCAAUAAUGAGACAAACGUUAUAAGUCGUCUAGAAACAGCAACCGAUGUCGUAACGGAAACGCUUCAGCCGACUAAAACAUCAAGUGUAGAUGAAGUAACAUUACCCAUAACAUAUUUCACUACUUUCACAUACUGGACAAAACUGGCAAAAAAUGGUGAAAUCACUACACUUAGCAGAGAGGAAACCGUAUCCAAUAUAGUAACACCUAGCACAAUAUCUUCAACACCCAUAACAGCAGAUGUACAGUUAAGUAACGGGAAUAUUUUCCAAGGCGAACAACCAAAGACAGAAAUAUCGAAUACCGAUCAGUUGGAUAAAAUUACGACUGUGAAUUCUACAAAUAUUGUUCAUAAUAGCGUAAGAAACUCAAGUGUUGAUAACGAAAUCACCAGAGCGGCUUUUGAGCCAACAACUUACUAUACUACGUAUACAUAUUAUACAACAUCAUAUAAUGGAGAUGGGACCACAACUGACUCACGAUUCGAGACUAUAACACAUGUGGUUCCACCAACAAACAUUGCAGAUAAAACAAUUGAAGUAGCCGCAGGGGAACGUAAUAUUGUGAGCAGUGCUAAUUUAGUGACUGAUAUAUUAUCGUUAGCUGUAAACAACGAUGUUACGCCCACACUUGAAAAAAGUCCUAAUACACUGCUUUAUGACCACAAAAGGAUUAUUGAUGCAGGUGGUGUAAGUACAUUGUAUUAUCGAACGGAAAUAUUAGCUACAACCGCCAUUGAUGGUAUGCAAUCAAAUUUCACUAGCAGCACAUCCAGUUUACACGUUGAUGAAUUUAAGCAAGCCCUGUUUGCAAGCAGUAUGAUAGCAAAUUCAGAUAUCAGUUCGGUACGUCAGUACAAAACGGGACUUGUGCGUUUAAUCGAGGGUACCCGUAUUGGUAAUCAUACAACUACAUUAUAUCAAUCCAAAGUUAUUGGUACUUUCAUUGAGAAUCGGUAUGCGCAAAUAAUUGAGAGUACAUCCAGUUUUAUUUUUGAGACAAAUAAUAAUAUGAUAACCACUGAUGGGUCCAUUAAACCGUCUCUUACUUUACAAUCAACAAAUCAGAUCGAAGCCACACUAAAUGUUGUUGCACUAACGUUACAAAACAGCAUUGUUGACAAUGCUUCUCAUUCAACUGCGGCCAACGAGUAUACUAAAGAGGAUGAAGAGAAUUUCGAUGUUGAAGAUGAUGAUGAGGAUGUUGCUGACGGUAAAAUUAAUAAAGAGCGAUUGUCCUAUCAGUCAAAGAAGCAUACAUUUACUCCAAUAAUCCGCCCAUUCACUUCACGCAAUCGUCCCCAAUUCGCGCCAAAAAAGAAAAACGGUGUUACGAGUAGUGCGACAAUUAUAACACGACAUGAUUUCACACCAACAAUAACUGCGACACCUGCGCUUAAGUCUAGCGGGCGUUUUAGCACUCGUAAGGGUGUAUUUACAGGCAUAACAAUAACCACAGGUGCCUCCGCUGCCAUACCAAACAGUUCAUCGUCGCGCCGCACUUUCGGGCGUCCGAUCAAAUCAUUAUCUUCUACUGGCAGUGUCAGUACAUCAAAUACACCAGCAAUUUUGUCUGCAAGCGGUUUUAGUGUGGGCCGGAACCGUCUGACAUCAUCGACACGAUUACAAUCAUCGACACGACGUGCCGGAGUUUUAGUGCGGCCCUCAUCUGUUUCAAGCAAUCGGCAAGGGUUUUCUAGCACUUACGCCAGUAACUCUCGUUUACGUAUUAAAUCUACAAGCUUAACUCAGGUUGGACAACAAAAUACGCCAUCUACAGAGAGUUUACCUAUUUUGACAUCCGAGACGAUUGGUGAGGAGUCAACUACUCCAGAAUUUCAAGCGAGUUUUGAUGAAAAUGAUGAAGGAUCUACAGAUGCAGCCCGCCGCAGUCAAAAUCCUUUGUUACGUCUUCGGAGACCAUUAAAUAGGCCGACUGGUUUUAUUUCAGCUAGUCAGCGUGUAGUAAACGGAGCGAAUAGCAUUUCUUCUAUUGGUGCUGUUUCACAACGUCGAAAUCCUUUAACAUUACGAGCUAAAACGACGACUCUUACAAGUGCUACAACAACGACGCAAACACCAAGGGCACGAAGCUUAGAGAGACCUAAAUUCAACAAUGCACUAGGUAGAACGCGGCCACAAAAUAGCCUUUUUCCACCACGUGGUCUAUUACAGAGACAAGCAAAUCAAGAAACUAAAGAAGCCAAAGAAAAUAAAAAAGCUGACAGUACAGAAGGCAAUGUUGAUAUCGAUGAUGAUUUCGAGUAUGAUGACGAAGAUGAAGAAGACAAUGAAGAUGAUGCCGAAGGAGAUAGUAACCGUCGUAGGCGUUCUAAUAUUAAGCAACAUAAAUUAUCAACAGGAGUUGAGAAAUCCUCCAAAACUUAUAACUAUAAAAUAAAAUAUUUAUCUACAAGAUCGAAAUCGAUACGUGUACGUCGUGAAGCUGAAACUCCAUUACAAAGGCGAAGUAGUUUUCGAAAUAGAUUCAGGCGUCCAAAGUUAACGGCUUCAGCUACUACUGCCGAAGAUCAAAAUUAUAAUGAAGACAUUGAGCCGGAAACGCCACCUUUCUUAACUACAGCGGUAACCCGUUCACGAACAAGUGGUCGUUUUGCACCACGCUAUGGCUUGCAACACGCCAGUACACAAGCCGUUACAGCACCGGCCACUACUACAAGUACAGGAAAUCACUACGCUAUCAGACCAACACGCCCCUCUAACGGUCGAGCUCAAUUCACGCUACGUGAAAAAGAUACAACCACAACAACUCAAAAAGGUUUGACACGCCCAGGAACUAGCCACUUUCGACGUCCACAGACAGCAGCCUCAUCUAGACGUUCGUCUUCUCCAACGAUUAGCAAUAGGCGGAAAACAUACAACAACAAUAGCAAUUUGUCACAAGAUGCAGUUGCACGUAGCACGUCUUCGCGUGUACGUACCAACUUAAGUCGCACACGUACAACCGUGCGUGGACGCAGUCGUAACGAUUACAAUGUUGAUACUGUUGUACUACCAUAUGAUGGCACUAUAACUAUUACACAUGUUAUACCAGCCGAAGUAACUAUACCUGUCAUCAAUGGUAAAAUUACUGAAUAUAAAAAUGUUGUGACAGCUAAAACGAGCACGGAGAUUUUGUCUCCUCAGCAAUAUACCACUUUUCUGGGUAGUAAUGGACAAACUAUGUUGGCAUUGACCCGUGAAGACUCAAGCGUGAAUUUCGGUGGAGUUACUGAGGUUACACAGUACGUACUUCAUGAGUCGCCGACGACAACCGUUAUCUUUACACCCACUACAAUACGUGGCCGCAAAACAUCCUUUUCGCACGUAAUACCAUCAACAGUUUAUUCAGUGGAAAAUGUUAUUUCAACAACUCAGCCACAAAUUUCACCAAACGCGCCAUUGGCAAACAUAUUAUUAUCGCAGUUGCUGCUCGGAAAUAUAGGUCUACCACCGGCUAAUCCAUUACUUGGAGCAUUAGGGGCGGCAGCAACACCUGCACCUAUUCAGUUAGGUGUAGGUAGUUUAGUACCGCAAUUACCACCCAUACCGGUUACUGAAUAUCGCACGCAUACAUCUACAUAUGUUACAACAGUUUUUGAGGGUAUGUCUACCGUCUUACCCGUUACAUUCCAGGGCAAAAAGAUAUUGACUACGGUCUACGAUACAACUGCGCAAACAAUAACAGCUACUGAGUUUGUGACAGAUACUAUUGUUACAACACCGACACAACAAACGCAUUCCGCACCACAGGUUAAUAGCUUGCUGAUACAACAACUAUUAUUGCAGCAACAACUACAGCCACACAUUGAACAGCCACAGCUACCAAUACUACAUUCCACGGUACCGAAUUUACUAUUAAGUGAUAAUUUGCAAGAACUUGAUACGAACCAUAUACGACUUCCUAAAGAAAAUGAUAAUGAUAUAGCAGUUAACGAGGAUUAUACGCAAAAUAAUAAAACUAGCCGAAAGAAGUCGCGAAAGUCCAGCAAAGGACAUAAGCGUAAACAUCAAUCAUUUCAAGAUGAAGUGCCAGAGCGUUCUAGUAUAAUAACAUUGUAUGUAUCCGGCCGCCGACCCGGUGAGUUUAGUACAAUUUUAAGUACCGUACCACUUGGCUCUGACUCCACAAUACACAAACGCCAAGCCCCUGGUGAUCUACAACAAACUUCCAAAAUUUAUACAAUCCAUGAUUUUUACGCAUCUGAUGGCAGUGAAUAUGUGUCUACAUAUCUAAUGCCGCAAUUGAAGGAUGAUAAAAUGAAGAAACAGAUUGAAUUAAAUUUACUUGAAAGUGGUGGACCUCAUUUGGUGGACCAGCAAACGCAAUCGCUAGAGAGUAUUGUCGGCGAUGUGGAUACAUGGAUUGCGAAAAGUACGCACUCAUUUGAAAACGCAGUAACACUUGAAAAACAAUUAGUGCCCACUAUGCCGCUGCAAAGCAGAGACGCUCAAAUUACAGAGAGUAUUUAUCUUAAGCAAAGGUCGAACGUGACCGGACAUAAAAAGAUAAAAAUAAUUUUUUAAUGUAAUUGACCUUACUGAGUUGCCAUCCUCAUGCUAGUUUGAGGUCAUUAAUAUUGUCACUGUAGGCACGAAAGCGUCGAUAAGUAUAUUUAAAAAUAUUAUAUUUGGAAAGUAAAGAGACAUUCACGCGUACAACCUGAGAGGCAGCAGUAAUAAGGACGACGAAGAGGAGGGGAAUGAAACUGUAGAGAAUGGCAAAGAAGAAAUUAAGGUUAAAAAACAGCAGGAAAACUAAAAUGGGCCACUCAUUUACUUUGGGGAUAAUACGAAACACAAUAAUGCCCAGCAAAAUCCUGUACAUAAAUAUUAUUAAAAACAAAAUCACAUUUCUUAGUGCAAAUUGUAAUAAGACGCAUAAUGAUAUAAUGGUGGACAGGAGCAAAAGGAGUGCAUUUCGUUUAAAGAAAUAUAGGCGUGUGCCACCACUACAAUACGAUAACAUGGACGACGAUGUGUUGAAAAUGUUAAACGAGUAUGAUAGUAGUAAAAAUAAUAUAGCUUUGAAUAUUGUUAAUUUAAGCUGUAGAUGCAAGAAGGUAGUCGUACGGCGUAGAAAACUGCCAACACCGUCGUCGAGAAAAGUAAACAAUACAACAACCGACUAUAGUUAAACAACCUAUGUACUUGUGCAUCACGACGUAAAAUUUUUAUAAAAAAAACAAAAACAGCAACAAUGGAAACAAUCACUGAUACCAGAGAACAACAUAAACAAAAGUAAUCAGCAAGCAUAUUCUGUGAGUGAUGGAAGCAUGGCAAACCUUUUGUAUGUUACGCUGCCAAAUAUAAUUUAUAAUUUUAAUAUAUACUCAUCAGUGUGUAUCAAAAAUAUUGUGUAUAAAGAUAAAUUUAAUAACUUUCCCGGCCCUGAAAAAACUCCUAACCAUCCUAUCUUUCCAUUCCAAAACUUGGACGUAUUGUUAUCAAGUGUAUAAAAUGUAGAGAGUAUUACAAAAUAUGUAGCAUUUUAUAAAAAGUCGCAGAAAUCUGAAGAAACAACUUCAAGGAACUUGGAAGAACCCGCAGCUCCGAGCAGAAGUAAAAACAGACGUGGGCGCAAAAGGAAGAAUCAUGGGCAGCAUCGGAGAAACCAAAGCCCAAAAUUUGUAAAAAAAAAAACAAUAAAAAUGCCGAAAACCAAAAUAAGACGCAGACAAAAUCAUUAUUUUCACAGCCACCAGAUAUGCUAAUACAAACUGUAGUCAAGAAUUUUUAAUGAGACAAGACUGGUUUCAACAGCGCUGAGUUCAAAUCAAGAAAGCGGCGGAAGAAAAUUUGCCGAAAACACGAUCAAUUCCUACAUAUGGGAUAUAACACGAACCAACUUAGUUCAUGAAAUCGCUUCAAGAAUACUAAAUGAAACGAUUUUACGCACGCGGACAUAUACUAUAUUUAAAGGUUAUAUAAGUAUUUCGUUCAGUGGCACCUCUUCAUUGAAACAUCGAUUAACCCAGUAUGUCGGAUUAGCAACAAAGCACCUUCCUUAAGUCAUCUUGUCAUUUUCAUAUAUUCAAUAUUCAAGCGGCCUUGCUAUUGACGUAGUAUAUGUCUUGCAUCAUAGAGAUUGUUCCAUUGAUUACAUACUUGCGUUAUCCAUUUUUUGUAAAAACAGCAUAUACACAAUCAUAACAGCAAAAGCACUGAGUUUAACCUUCACGUUUACACCUGGCAAUAAACUGGCUUAACAUCCAUCAUAAUGGUGACUUUUUCUUUAUUUUGUUUUCUAUUGAAGGGAACUUACUGUUAUAACAUUUCAGUUUCAUCAUAAUACCAUACUCAGUUUGACUACAACUAAAAUAUAAUGCAUUCUAUGCAAUUUAAAGGUAAAUUUUAAACAAAUGUCGAAUUUGUUUACCAAAACGAACAGGUUCAGCGAAUGAUCCAUGCGUAAUGUUUUAUAAUAAAUAAUAAGGCAACGUAAAGCUCAUGUUAUUUUAACAUUCAUGCCUAAUGAAAUUUCUCUUGCAAGAGUAUGAAUGUAAGGAAAUUAACUUGUAAAUGAAUUAGAUGAUGUGGCGACCUCUUCCUUACAGAUACUUCACGAACACACGUUUUCCGCUAACUUUAAGAACUUUAUUCAAGAUAUUGUGGAUAUUUUAGAAUCCACGCCACAGUUCUGCUUAUAAUGAUUUAUUUAUUUCUAACUAAUAACAUAAAUAUAAUAAAACAGACAACAUUCAUGCUUUGCAAAAUAAUUCUAUAGUACGAGUAAUUCUGUUUCAGUUCAAAAGCCUAUAUGUUAUUUUUUGCAAAUUUUAUAACUUUAAAUAUUACCUUAGUAAUCAAUAUGACCUCUCGUGGCAUGGACCUAAUUAAUUUUCCAAUAAAGACAAAUCAAUAUUUGCCCAUUCCUUUUGGAUUAGUUUUUUCACCUCUAAUAAAAGGAAAGAUUGGAUUACUUUUUUCAAUUUCAAUACUGUUUGGACCUAUCGGAAUACACUUCUUGUAUAAAAUGCCAAUUGUUCCAAUUUAUCAAAGUUUUUUGUUUUCCAAAUGUCUUCGAGUAGGCGCAGCGUUAUGAAAUUGUGCGUUAUCAUUGUCGGAAAGUCGUUCUAUCCAAAAUUGGUCACCAAACUUCACUAGCACGUUAUUCAGAAAUGUAUAUUUCUGAGUUCAUUUUUUGUAACACAAAAAAAUCAGGAGUCUUUCCAGGAUGUCCAUAGCGUAUCAUAAGCGAUCCUCCCUUAAAGUUUCUAGUUUAUCGGUUUUCUCUCUCACGACGAAUAUCUUGAUAAUAAUACUGAAAACUGUUGGGUACAUAUACCUAAAUUAAACUUUUUCUCUUUACUAAAUAAAUAUGAGAUUUCAAAUUCGAUGUCCUUACUUUGCAGCAAACUAAAGUCACGCCAACUUAUAUCUUACGUCUAGGUUUAGCACUUUCCUUUUCAUAUCGAAUGGUGUCGUCUGCUUUCAGGAUUGGUUAGACGCGUGAAUGAAAAGACAAUUAACACCGAUUUAGCGAAAGGCUUAUGUUCUCAUUAACAACCGAACGACUGAUUUUUCGAACUUCUCUUUCCUUUUAUUACAGGUGGUUGGCCUGUUCGAGGAGUUUUAACAUAAUUUUUGAGAUCCUUUGGAAAAUUUUCGAUCGUAUUCUUAUUCUUUUUAAUCCUUAUUGCAGUAUUUCAUAUGGAAAUUCAACAUACUACUAUUGCAUUGAAACAUUGUACCAUAUAAUUAUUUUGCGCAAUGUAUUUAGAUUUGAGCACAUAUCAAUGGCAACGAGUUCGCCAAAUUACUGAGAUUGAAAUAAUUCAACUACAAUUUUUAAAAUUAUAAGCUAAUCAAAUAAUUUCCUUAACUUAUUAGCAUAAGAAUUAUAUUAACUCCGAUUUCAUUUAAUUUAAAAAACUAGUUAUCAAAGUGGUGAUAGCAACGAAAACGCUAUUAACGCGCUUUAGGACGUAGUAACGGCAACGCUAAUGCAAAUCGAGAAGGUUGUGGUUCGAAAAAAUUUAUUUUUACCCUACCUCACUAAAUAUACUUUAAAACAAUUAAUUUUUCUUCCAUUAAUUCAAUAUUAUCAUGGAUUCAAUUUUGCAAAAAUAUUCAGGUUGCAACAUUAUCGUACACAGCCUAUUUUUAGUCUGAAGGGAUCGUGAAAACAUGCUUGUCAUUUGAUUCCUUAUUUAUGAUAGUAAAAAUUUUGGCCCACGAUUUCGUAUCAGAAACACAAAAUAGCUAUAAAACUAUUUAAAAAAUAGCAAUCAACUUUGUAUCAAAAAAUUAAAUGUAUAUAUGUAUGUGUUAUUACCAAAUGUUGUUUGACCAAAAUAUAAGCAUAUGCGACUAUCAAAUAACACUUUAAACUAUUAAACUUCUACUAACUAAUUUAAUUUAAUUUUGUUAUAUAAA